UCAUGUGAUCACAAAAUGGUGGAAGCUGUGAGCUGUUUAUAAGCUGAGCAUCUCCAUCGAGAGGCUUGGAGCAGGACAAAGGCAGUUUCUCCAUGCUCUGAGACACAGUGGGACAGAGAUUCCCAAGCCCCAGCAGCGGUCCCCCUGGGGAUGGACCUGGCCUCAGAUAGUAAAAUGACUUCAGAGGGCGACGACUGCAGACCAGUGCCUCCUACAUCUUUACCCCUGCAAGGAGGUGCCAGUCAGAGGAAAAAACUUUCGGCCCCUCGAAUCAGCUUGUCACUGGACCACAGUGAGGAUGACUUAGGGGAGACGCCAGAUGAUCUGGACAUUAAUGUAGAUGAGCUUGACACUCCAGAUGAGGGAGAUUACCUCGACUACACAGACCAUGAAAUGGACUGGGAAGAUCCCAAUGCAGCCAAUAGGAGUGGGACAAAUGAUUCCUACAAUACCAUUCCAACAUACAGCGCUGAGGAAGAGCGGCGUGAUGUCAAGCUGUGGAGGACUGUUAUCAUCGGGGAGCAGGAGCACCGCAUCAACAUGAAGGUUAUUGAGCCCUUCAUGAAAGUCGUCUCUCAUGGAGGUUACUACAGCAACGGAGUGAAUGCCAUCAUAGUCUUUGCUGCAUGUUUCCUGCCAGACAGUGCAAGAGAGGACUACCAUGAAAUAAUGGAGAACCUCUUCCUCUACGUGAUCAGCACACUGGAGCUCAUGGUGGCAGAGGACUAUAUGAUUGUUUAUCUGAAUGGAGCCACGCCCCACAGAAGAAUGCCUGGUCUUGGUUGGCUAAAAAAGUGCUACCAGAUGAUUGACAGAAGGCUCAGGAAGAAUUUGAAAUCCUUCAUUAUUGUCCAUCCAUCUUGGUUUAUCAGGACUGUUCUAGCCAUUACCAAGCCCUUCAUCAGCACUAAGUUCAGCAGCAAGAUUAAGUAUGUGAACAGUUUAGAUGAACUGCAACAACUAAUCCCAAUGGACAGCAUUCAGAUCCCAGAGUGCAUCAUUAAACUUGACAAGGAACUCAAGGAAGCGGCGGAAAGCUCAAGAAUGAAUAGUUUCCUGCAGGGGACCGAGCUGACAGCCGCCAGCAGAACAGACAGACAAGACCAAGUUGGUGCCAGCAGCUCGUAAACCAGAGCACCUGAAUAGAUGGGACACCUCAAAAGUAACUGCAAUGAAAAGCUUGAAAAGUGCUGCUUGUGUGUGUGUGUGUGUGUGUGUGUGUGUGUGUGUGUGUGUGUGUGUGUAUGUUUGUGCCUGUUUUUAUUUUCUUUUAGACACUGUAGUUUAAUUUAAACACAAUCUACUGUAGUAUCUGUUAAAACUCAGAUCCGUUUUACCUGUAGCAUUCGCUGCACUGUACACCUGCAGCUGAGACAACUUAUAGUUAAGUGUGUGAAACAUCGGCAGAGUAGCGUUGAUGUUCACUUUAAGGUAGAUGUGAUUUCAGACAAGAGACAAAGCACCUCAAGAAUUCAUUUUAGAUACUGCAUUUUAUUUAGGUGCAUGAAAAGCAGCACAGGAAUAAAACCACACCUUUUGUGGUUACUCAGUACUUCAGAGCGAGAGGCGACUUUUUGUGUUAGCUGUUUUACACAAAAAAGGAUCAGGGGAUGCCAAGAAAAAAACAACAACCUUGUGCCAUAGUUUAUGACCAACUUGCAAUCCUGUAACCCAAUCUUGUAACUUGCCCUGAAAAUACAGAAUAAACAUAUAUAGAAAGAUAUUUAAACUUUAUAGUGUAAAUCUGAGAGCCACGCAGGGGUAGGUUAAAUGUAAAAUCAAACUGUCAAUGCAGUGUGGCAGCAUAUAUUUCAUGCCUUGUUUUGCAAAUAUACGUGUAUGUGUGUGUAUUGGGUGAAACAAACUGGGAAUCCUCCCUUCAGCCACUGUUGGAUCCUCAGACAAAACCUCAAACGACCUUAAUGAUGGGAUGUUAAUAAAGCACAAUGUCUCAUCAGUGUGUGUCCACCCGCAUGUGUGUAUUUAUACAUCAGUGCAUGGUCCCCACAUCACAUGGUCCGAACUUAUGUGUCUUAAUGAGUGUGCAAAAAAAUUAAGAACUGCUGUCUAUUGAUUCAAUAAAAGUGAUUUGAAGCCUG